AUGCGCUUCACCAAACCGCUCUGGUUGACCCACGGAGGUUGGUCGCAACCUGUUGCGUGUCGCAAUUUCAGAGCUGUAGCUGACCAUUCGUCCCAGNGUGACAAGAAGGACUUCGAAGUAUACAGUUGUCAUGUCUCGCCUGAUGGAAGCCGCUUGGUAACAGCAGGAGGAGGUGCGCUUUGUCCCACGGGCACUCGAACAAGAGCAGACAUGCUAAGAUGGAUACCCAACANNGAUGGACAUGUACGAAUCUGGUCGACGGAUGCAAUUCGCAAUGGCGCCAACGCAGACUACACCAAGCCCAAACAGCUGGCGGCUAUGAGCUACCACUCGGGCACCAUCCACUCUGUACGCUUCUCUGGAAAUGGUAAAUACCUGGCCUCGGGCGCCGACGACAAGAUAGUUUGCAUCUAUAACCUCGAUCCAAACCCUCCUGCGCAUACCACCUUCGGCUCCAACGAGACUCCCCCCGUCGAGAAUUGGCGAAUCUUCCGACGUCUGAUCGGCCACGACAACGAUGUACAAGACCUAGGCUGGUCGGCCGAUUCAUCCAUACUGGUAUCGGUAGGCUUGGACUCUAAGGUCGUCGUGUGGUCUGGUCACACAUUCGAGAAGCUCAAGACGCUGUCACAACACCAGAGCCACGUCAAGGGCAUCACCUUUGAUCCCGCAAAUAAAUAUUUCGCUACCGCUAGCGACGACCGUACCAUACGCAUCUUCCGCUUUACCUCGCCUCCUCCAAACGCCACUACUUAUGAUCAAGUCAACAAUUUCGUCCUCGAAGCCACCGUCUCGGUUCCCUUUACCACAUCCCNNCCCCUGACUACAUACUUUCGCAGAUGUUCCUGGUCUCCUGAUGGAGCUCACAUAGCUGCUGCCAACGCCGUCAAUGGCCCUGUGAGCUCUGUCGCAAUCGUCACUCGCGGCAGCUGGGAAAGCGAAGUCAACCUAAUAGGCCACGAAGGUCCCGUCGAAGUGUGCGCUUUUUCUCCACGUCUCUUCUGUCCUGAGCCACCUCCACCAGCUAGCGACAUCAGUGCUCAAGAGAACAUCGCUGCCGGCGCAGUUACCGUCGUAGCAUGCGCCGGUCAAGAUAAGACACUCAGCGUCUGGAACACAAAUUCUCCUCGACCCUUUGUCGUUACACAGGAGCUUGCCGCUAAGCCCAUCUCAGAUCUUGCCUGGUCACCUGAUGGCGAGACUAUCUACUUUACUAGCUUGGAUGGAACUAUCGCCUGCUGUGUGUUUUCUGCAGGAGAACUGGGCUAUCCAGCACCCGUCGUAAACAACGACAAAGCUUUGGCCCGCUUUGGUGCUGGCAGAAGAGUUGGCGUUGUUGAGGGCCCAGAUGCCUUGAGACUCGAAGAGAAUAGCAAGGCUGGUGAGCUUAAAGGUGUCCAAGGUCGCAUGGGCGAGCUGAUGGGCGACGGCACUGUUGCUGUCCCUUCCUUGAACGGGACCUCGGACACAUCCGCUCCUGCUGCAACCAAUGGCACAGCCAAGGACAACACAACAAACGGCAGCGCAGAUAAUGCUGAGCCUAAAGAACCCAUGCCGCCUCCGGAUCCGCAGGUUGCAAAGAUCGAUAAGCUCAAGCAGCGUGUGACGAUCACGAAAGACGGCAAGAAGCGCAUUGCUCCGUUGCUCGUCUCUUCAUCUUCUGGCGUUGGAGAAUCCUCAUUGCCAAAACCACAACUCAUGUCCAGUGUCUCGCAAGCAAGUCGUAACGAUGCUCCUCAGACGACACUUGACCUGUCAAAACCAUUCGACGGUCUGCCAAGAGGUGGCCUCGCUUCGUUGUUACUUGGCAACAAGAGGAAGUUCGCUGAGAUUGAAGGAGACGAUGAUCGUCGUGCCGAGAAGCGCAUCGCGUCCAUCCAACAAAGUGGAGCCACGCCUGUGGUCAUGAACACCGCAGCUGGUCUUGUCCCACCAAGCUCAGCUGGUAAAACAGUGACCGAAACCGCUGAACCUCUCAGACCUGCUAUCGUCAAUCCCAGCUUGACUACCAGCCAGAUCAGACUAGCGGUACCCCUGGUCAGAGUGACUAUAGUCCGGCCCCUGGAUACAACUAACAACCAGGAAAAUGAAGGACAGCAAGUUGACACAAAUGAUGAGCCAUCAAUCGUGUUCGAAGCACGUAAUGCCUCUGGACCUGCGCGUACGGGUAGAGUCCAAGAUCGUGAUCCUACUCGCCUCACAGUCUCUCGGCGAGGUCAAUCGAUUUGGCAAGAUUAUCUACCACGAGCCGUCUUGCUUGUCACAGGAAAUCACAACUUCUGGGCUGCUGCUUGUGAAGACGGAUCGGUUCAUAUAUGGACCCCAGCAGGUCGUAGACUGCUCAAUGCCCUCAUCCUCGAUGCACAACCUGUUAUCAUGGAUUGUCGGGGAUGGUGGCUCUUAUGCGUGAACGCGGUAGGAAUGUGCUACGUCUGGAACAUCAAGACUAUGUCAUCACCGCACCCGCCAGUGUCUCUGGCGCCUGUGCUUGAUAUUGCUGCCACAGCUCAGCAAGGCCACACCACCAAUGGACCAGCCGUUAUGUUUGCUCGCCUCAACUCACAAGGCCGAAUUAUAGUAGGAUUGUCUAACGGAGAUGGUUACAGCUACUCACAAGCCAUGUAUAUCUGGCAACGUUUAUCAGAGCCUUGGUGGGCAGUAGGCAGUCAGUACUGGAAUACGGCCGACACGUCCAUCUCCACUGUGCAACCUACGACUAAAGGCGCCAAUGGCACUUCCACGACUGAUGAUGACCUCAAACCGGAGAAUCUGUCUGCCGGCAUCAUCCCUCUACUCGAACGCAAUACCACAACUCAGUCCUUGCUGCGUGGUCGGGCGUAUUUCUUGCAAAGACUGGUCAAGACGCUCCUCGUUGCCGAAGGAUAUGAAGGGUUCGAGAGUGCUGUGAGUGUUGCACAUCUCGAGAACCGUGUCGCAGCAGCCAUGACCUUGGGUGCACGCGAAGAGUUCCACCUGUAUCUUCUCAUGUAUGCAAAGCGUAUCGGUGCCGAGGGCUCGAAGGCUAAGGUUGAAGAGUUGUUGCGCUCGCUGAUGGGCAGCGUGUUUGAGGAUGAGGAGGAAAAGCCAAUUGAGGAGAGGGGUCAAGGCUGGAUGGCUGAGGAAGGAGAUCUUGUUGGGUGGCCACGAGAAGAGCUACUCAAGGAAGUGCAUCGCGACCUCCAACGUAUUACUGUUCCAUAUGCUCGCCUUCUGGGCGUCCUCGAUGGCGCAAGUGAUGGCUUGGCCUCAUCGGCCAUGGAGAUAUGA